AUGGAUCCUGUGGAGCUAGAUCUGUAUUGCCCGGAUCGUCUGGGUGAGGAAUCCAGGAUAUGUAUCGUCGUGAUAGGCCAGGGAGAUGGCCUGAAUGACGUGAAGAGGUGUCGGGAUACGCGAACCCUCAGCGGUGCGCAAAUAGGAUAUUGUAUGAAGCCAUACACCUAUACCAGUGCGUGGUAA